GCAGGUGCGAAUGAAAUGGUGCCAUUGCGACUGCCACUGCCUGAUUAACCAUCUGCGUCCAUCCAACGACAGAUUGCCGAAACUGCUGACUUAUUCUCUCCAUUCAACAUCUUCAUGUCUGCGGUUGCUUGCCUAGGCUGGCUUCUUCCCAAUAUCCUCGAAUCAUCCAUCCCAUCUUCAUCACCAUUUCCUUUGCAAUAGACCUUAUCUUUACAACAUGUCUUUUCUCGGUGGCGCAGAAUGCUCGACCGCAGGCAACCCGCUGACUCAGUUCACCAAACAUGUACAGAAUGACAACACACUCCAGAGAGACCGUUUGGUGGGACGGGGCCCCGGAGGCCUUGAAGAGACCAUGCGUUCUCGAAUGGCUUCUCCAGGCUCUGAUCAGAUGAUGAACGAAUUUAUGCAGCAACCCAACCAACUCCCCCAGCCCUUUGCCAUGGAACAAAUGAGACAAGAUCUACCCAAUCUUCAGGGCAUGACUCGGAGGUCACCGUCCCCAGGAUGGGCAUCUGAUUUCGAUCCAGGUGAACAAGCACGCAUGGAGGCGGCCUUUGCGAAUUCUCAAAUGUCCCCCCAACAACGCCACAACGGCUUCUCCCCACAAGACUUUGCCCGAUUCCAACAUAACACUGCUGCACAACGGACUGCAAGUCCCGUCACACAAAAUCCCUCCAUGAUGAAUAUGAGUAGCUACCAAAGGCCGGCAAUGGGUAUGGGAUACAUGUCAGGCAUGAACAUGGGAAUGAAUUAUGGGGCAAUGCAUAUGCAACAACAACCGGACCAGAGCAUGGACAAGGGAAAAGGGAAAAUGGUCGAGCUUGAUGACGCCAACUGGGAGGCACAAUUCAAAGAGCUGGAGCAACAGGACAAUGUGUCUGAAGAAGCCAACCAAGCUAUUGAAAAGGAGCUCGAGGAGAUCGACAGGUCAGUAGAUCCUGCGGAAAUUUUUGAUGAAUUCGAGGCUGUGUGGCGUGGGAUUCAAGCUGAACAUGAUUCCAGGCAAAUGACCGAAGAUACGACCGAUUUUGACAAUGCCUUUUCAAGUGAGGAUUUCGCCGCAUGGGAUCAAUUUGACUCAACCAUGGGCUUAAACACUCAUAACCCAUUUGAGCGGGAGCCAAUGCUCGGCGAUUACAUGUUUGAAUCACAGAAUCCAUAUCUGGAGAAUGCCUCGGCAUCAAGAUCUGCAUUUGAGCAGGGUAAAGAAAUCUUGGAAACCCACGGCAAUCUAUCUCUUGCCGCCCUGGCUUUCGAAGCAGCUGUACAGCAAGAUCCCAACCAUGUCGAAGCGUGGGUCUUACUCGGAUCAGCACAAGCACAAAACGAGAAAGAGGCCCCUGCGAUUCGAGCCCUGGAAAAAGCCCUGCAGCUAGAUCCCGGAAAUCUCGAUGCCUUGAUGGGUCUCGCCGUCUCAUAUACCAACGAGGGCUACGAUAGCACAGCAUAUCGAACCUUGGAGCGCUGGCUGAGUGCCAAGUACCCCCAGAUCCAUCCCUCCGCCAACCUUUCUGACCCUGCCGACGUUGGCUUUACAGACCGUGCCAUCCUUCAUGAGCGAGUCGUGGACCUCUUCAUCAAGGCCGCCCAGCUGUCACCCACGGGCGAACAGAUGGACCCUGAUGUUCAGGUUGGCUUGGGGGUACUUUUCUACGGCAACGAAGAUUUUGAAAAGGCAGUGGAUUGUUUCAAGGCAGCUCUAGCCUCGACGGAGCAAGGACUGGUCAAUCGAGAAAGCCAACUUCAUUUACUCUGGAACCGCCUGGGAGCGACAUUGGCAAAUUCAGGACGGUCCGAAGAUGCCAUUGAUGCAUAUUGCAAGGCGCUUGAAGUCAACCCCAAUUUUGUGCGAGCACGAUAUAAUUUGGGGGUUUCGUGUAUCAAUAUCGGCUGCUACCCCGAGGCAGCUGGACACCUCCUUGGAGCGUUGAACCUACAUCGGGCAGUUGGGGAGCAGGGGUUGGACCAAGCACGAGAGAUUGUUAGCGACGGCAAUGGGGGCCACAUCGAAACAGCCGAGUUAGAGCGGAUGAUUCAACAAAAUGAGAGCUCGAAUCUGUACGAUACACUCCGAAGAGCAUUCACAGGUAUGGGAAGACGAGAUUUGCAUGAACGGGUUGGAACAGGCAUGAACCUGGACCAGUUCCGCGGAGAGUUUGAAUUUUAAAACUAUAUAGAUGCAGAUAGGUACUAAACGGGAUGGAUCUCAACGAGAUGCGACCGAUGAUUGUAGACCAUCUAGCUUUGAGGUCGGAAGAUGCUGCAAGUUAUCACUCUGCACAACAAAGCUUCCCCGUCAAGAGGCUCAGGUACCAGGGUUGAUUGGCAAAAAGCGUUGAUACCACACAAAGACUUUUAAUGAAAAUGGUGGGAAUUGACAAGAUG